GGUACCGGUCUUCGGAGCCAAAAGGGGGCAGAGAUGGCGGCGGAAGCUUCCGCAGCUCGGUUCACCCUGUCUUCCUAUCAACAGAUGGGGAGGAAGAGUCGGCCCUGGGGUACUGCCGAGAUUCAGUGUACUCAGUGUGGAAGAAGGGUGUCCAGAGUUUCCGGUCACCACCAUGAACUUCAAUGUGGACAUGCUUUUUGUGAACUGUGCUUGUUAAUAACUGAAGAAUACAGCACAAUUAUAUGCCCUGAUUGUGAGAUUGCUACAACUAUAAAUAGGAGACAAGGAUACUGCCCAACAGAUGGAUAUAUUAAAGAAGAUUCUUUUAUGGAAAAACUGCAGCCUAAAAAGAUAAAGAAUUGUUCGCAGGACUUUAAAAAGACUUCUGACCAGCUAACUAUUGGUUUAGAACAUUCAACAUCCACACACAGGACUAUUUUGAACUCCUCAUCUCUAAUGGCGGAAACUAAAACUGCAGAAGAAAUUGAUGAAGCAUUGAAGAUAGCAGGCUAUAGUUUUGAACAAUUAAGUGUUGCUGUAAAAAUGCUAGAACACAUACACAAUCAAACAAAAGAGGAAACGGUCAGUCUUUUAGAGGUCCUGGAGAAACAGUUUGAUCAACUUUUUACUUCUCUUGAUUCCAGGAAAAAGAAUCUGUGUGAAGAAGUAGUAAGGAAUGCAGAUGAUUAUCUGUCAAAUGUAAUAAUGGCUAAAAGCUACAUUGAAGAGAAAAAAAAUGAUUUGGCUGCAGCUAUGAAGAUAGCAAGAGAGUUAAAAUCAGCACCUUCUUUAAGGACUUAUUGUGACCUGAAUCAGAUUAUCCGUACUUUGAAAUUAACAUUUGAGAGUGAAUUGUUACAAGUUAGCUCUCUAAAACUAAGGAACUCUCCCAGGUUGAAUAUGAAUUGCAGUGAGAUCAUCUGUAUGUUCAACAAUAUGGGAAAGAUUGAAUUUGAGGGCUUAACAAAAUGUGAUCCCCAAGAAAAUGAAAUGGGACAGAAUGUUCAAAAGAAAUAUCAUAAAAAGGAAUUUUCUUGUCAUGAUACAUACCCAUUUCGAGAAAAGAAAAAGGUUGACAUGUCUAUUCCAACUAAUGAAACCCCAUCACCUUCUUUGCAACGGGAAGCCUGUGAUGUACAUUUAGAAGCAAAAGACUUCCAGCCACAGAAGGAGGUUGUUGCAACAUCAUCCCUUAAAACCAUUGCUGUUCUGCCUCAAAUGGGAUCUAGCCCUGAUGUGAUAAUUGAAGAAAUUAUUGAAGAAAACAUGGAAAGUUCUCCUGAGCUAGUUUUUGUAAGCCAUGUAAUACAUCCUUGCCACUUUUACAUCCGGAAGUAUUCACAAAUUAAAGAUGCAACAGUAUUGGAAAAGAAGGUGAAUCAGUUUUGCAGUAAGAGUUUACACCUUGAGCCUUCAGACAUUUUGGAACUAGGUGCAAGAAUAUUUGUCAACAGUAUUGAAAAUGGAAUGUGGUGUCGAGGAACUAUCACUGAAUUAAUUCCAAUAGAAAGUGAAAAUAUUAGAAAACUUUGUAGUCCAACCAAAUUCUCAGUCCAUGAAGUUGGACUAAUACAAAUAUUCAUGGUAGAUUUUGGAAAUUCUGAAGUCCUAAUUGUUGCAGGGGUUGGUGAUACCCAAACAAGAUCAGAACACACUGCUGAGCAGCAUAUAGUACUAAAUGACUUAUGCCCAGUUCUAAGGAAGUCUGAACCAUAUAUUGAAGGGCUGCUGAAAGAAAUCCAGCCAUUAGCACUGCCAUGCUCAUUGAAAGACAUUGUUCCACAGAAUUCAGAUGAAGGCUGGGGAGAAGAAGCUAAAGUAGAAUUUUUGAAAAUGGUAAAUAACAAGGCUGUUUUAAUGAAAGUUUUUAGAGAAGAAGAUGGUGUGCUAAUUGUAGAUCUUCAGAAACCACCAACAAAUAAAAUAAGCAGUGAUAUGCCUGUGUCUCUUAGAGAUGCAUUAGUUUUUAUGGAGUUAGCAAGGUUUAGGUCGCAAUCACCAAGAAGCCACUCUGAAAAGAAUAUGACUUUAUACUAUCACCCACCUAUUUUGCCUAAAGAAAUGACAGAUCUUUCAGUUAUGGUUUGUCAUAUAAAUAGUCCUGCCGAUUUCUAUCUUCAGUUGAUAGAGAGCCUGGAUUUUUUAUUUUUGCUAAAGACAAUUGAGGAAUUCUAUAAAAGUGAAGAUGGAGAAAAUCUGGAAAUCCUCUGUCCAGUUCAAGGUCAAGCCUGUGUAGCUAAAUUUGAAGAUGGAGUUUGGUACCGAGCAAAAGUUAUUGGAUUGCCUGGACAUCGUGAAGUUGAAGUUAAAUAUGUGGACUUUGGCAAUACUGCAAAAAUAACACUUAAAGAAAUGCGUAAAAUAAAAGAUGAGUUUCUAAAUCCCCCAGAGAAGGCAAUUAAAUGUAAGCUGGCCUAUAUUGAACCAUGUAUAAGGACAAUGCAGUGGUCCAAAAAAGCUAAGGAAAAAUUUGAAGAAAAGACUCAAGAUAAAUUUAUGACAUGUUCAGUCGUUAAAAUUCUGGAAGAUAAUGUGCUCUUAGUUGAGCUUUUCGAUUCUCUUGGUGCUCCUGGAAUGACUCCUAGUAUAAAUGACCAGCUAGUCAAAGAGGGCCUAGCAUCUUAUGAAGUAGGAUAUACCCUCAAGGAUAAUUGCAAAAAGCAUACUGAAGUAUGGGAUCCUUCUCCAGAAGAAAUUAUUUCAAAUGAAGUAAACAGCUUAAAUCCUGUGUCUGUAAAAUCUCUACCUAAUGAGAAUCUCCAGUCACUUUAUAAUAAGGAACUGCCUGUACAUAUCUGUAAUGUGAUAUCUCCUGAGAAGAUUUAUGUUCAGUGGUUAUUAACAGAAAACUUACUUAAUAGUUUAGAAGAAAAGAUGGCAGCUGCUUAUGAAAACUCAAAGUGGGAACCAGUUAAAUGGGAAAAUGAUAUGCACUGUGCUGUUAAGAUCCCAGAUAAAAAUCAGUGGCGAAGAGGCCAGAUCAUCAGAAUGGUUACAGACACAUUGGUAGAGGUCUUGCUGUAUGAUGUGGGUGUUGAACUAGUCGUGAAUAUUACCUGUUUACGAGAACUUCAAGAAAACCUAAGGACAAUGGGAAGAUUAUCUUUGGAAUGCUCUCUUGUUGACAUAAGACCAACUGGUGGGAGUGACAAGUGGACAGCUACAGCUUGUGACUGUCUUUCAUUGUACCUGACUGGAGCUGUAGCAACUAUAAUCUUACAGGAAAACAAUACAACAUGGCCAUUACCUGUGAAAAUUUUCUGCAGAGAUGAAAAAGGAGAACGUGUCGAUGUUUCUAAAUAUUUGAUUAAAAAGGGUUUGGCUUUGAGAGAAAGGAGAAUUAAAAAAUUAAAUAACAGUCAUUCAUCAUCUGAGAAGUCUCUGGAAAUCCCCUUGGAACCAGAAGAUUCAAUGAUUACUAAGUGUAUUAAGAUUAACUUUGACCCUGACAAAAAAGCUGCUGAUGUUAUUAGUGAAUACAGGGUGUCUGAAUUUCAGCAGAAAAUUCCAGAACCAAGAACCACUGGAUGCUAUAAACCACCAGCUAUUCCUAACAUGAAAGUAUUUGAGGCAAUUGUCAGCUGCAUUGGCAACGAUGGAACUAUAUUUGUAGUACCUAAAUUGUCAGAAUUCGAGCUAAUAAAAAUGAUGAAUGAAAUUCAAAGUAAUUUAAAAUGCCUUGGUCUUUUGGAGCCUUAUUUCUGGAAAAAGGGAGAAGCCUGUGCAGUAAGAGGAUCAGAUACUAUGUGGUAUCGAGGCAAGGUAAUGGAAGUUGUUGGCGGCACUAUCAAGGUACAGUAUUUAGAUCAUGGAUUUACCGAGAAAAUUCCACAGUGUCAUCUUUACCCUAUUUUACUAUAUCCUGAUACGCCCCAGUUUUGUAUUCCAUGUCAGCUCUAUAAUACCAAACCUGUUGGGAAUGUCUGGCAACCAGAUGCAAUAGAACUCCUUCAGGAACUGCUUUCAAAGAGAGAGGUGGAAAUUCACAUUAUGGAAUUACCUGAAAACCCAUGGGAGAAAUUAUCUAUUCAUCUCUAUUUUGAUGGAAUGUCACUUUCUUAUUUUAUGGCAUACCAUAAAUAUUGUACUUUGGAGCAUUCUGAAGAGAUAUUGAAAGAAAAACUAACAGAUUACAAUAAAAAGUACGAGGAUGAAAGAUGGGAAAUAAGAUUUGAGGAAUUGCUUUUGUCUGAAACAGAGACUCCUAUUUUACCACCAUAUUUGCCUUCAUCUCUGCCUCCCCCAGAAGAACUCUACGCUGUUCAAGUUAAGCACGUUGUCUCACCUAAUGAAGUAUAUAUUUGCCUUGAUUCUGUAGAAAGUUGUAAUCUGUUUAACCAGCAUAGUGAUACAGAUGACAGUGGAAUCAGCUGGGAAUCUGAGUCUGAGAGCCUUAAUGAAGCACUACGGAGGUUUAAUAAGAAUGUGGAGACAUUUCCUCUUCUGACGGAUUUUAGAACAGAAAUGCCUUGCCUUGCAGAAUAUGAUGAUGGCUUAUGGUAUAGAGCAAAGAUUGUGUCUGUUAAAGAAUUUAAUCCUCUAGCUGUCCUGGUACAAUUUGUUGAUUACGGAUCAACUGAAAAGCUGACAAUAAACAGACUGCGUCAAAUUCCUCUUCACCUUAUGCGGUAUCCAGCCCAAGCCAUAAAGGUUCUCUUGGCAGGGUUUAAACCUCCCUUAAGAGAUCCAGGAAAGACAAGAAUACCAUAUUGUCCCAAAUGGAGCAUGGAAGCAUUGUGGGCUAUGAUAGACUGUCUUCAAGGAAAACAACUUUAUGCUUCUUCCAUGGCUCAGGCACCAGAACAAAUAGUGACAUUAUAUGAAGAUGAACAGUAUCCAGUUCAUAUGUCAUUAGUAGAAAUGGGGCUGGCAGACCGAGACGAAUGAUGUUAAGUAUCAUGACUUCUUGUUCUCCCUUAUAAUCAGCAUAAGGCAUGUGACUGAUACAGUGGAGAUUAAUGCUAAAUUGCCCAUAAAACACCUUCAGACUUUCCUUGAUUUCUCAAAGAAUGACAACAAAGCUCAACAAGAAUCUCUCUUCUAGACUUCGUAGGCCCUUUUCACCUAUUGAAUACAGAAUCAAAGAGGAUCUGCAUCUGUAAGAAUGCUUGGAAUGACUAUCAUAGUACCAGAGAGUUGUUGGGGAUGGGCAGAAGAGCAGAAGGAAGUGGGCACUAUAAGUAAUUUAAGCACAUAAGGAUAUAGUAGGCAUAGAACCCUACUGAACAAUCCAUGACCUAAUAACAAAGCUAUUGAAGUACUUAGGUAACCAGCUGUUUAUUCAUCCACGUAAAUGUAACAAGUGAUUCAGUAACUAGCUUGAACAUUUAAUUAAGCAAAGGUUUUAAAUAACAUGCAUUUUGUUUUUCAGUUAUACAGUGCGGAGCCUCUAUAUAGCAGCCCAGAAGAAAGUCUUGUUAUGUGUAAGCCAUUUCAGGCUUAUUUUUCUUGACUUGUUCUGCUGCAGUAGUGCUGGCCUUUUUUUUUUCCCUUACAUGUUAAACUGUCAGGAACUGUUUGAAAAAGUUAAUAAAUACUUGCU